AAUUUGCAAAUGGCUGAAGAGAAUUUCACAGUUGUCACUGAGUUUAUUCUUUUGGGAUUGACAGAUCGUGCUGAACUGAAAGUUUUGCUUUUUGUGUUAUUCCUGGUGAUUUAUGCCACCACUUUGGUGGGGAAUCUGGGCAUGAUCUUCUUAAUCCAAAUCACCCCAAAGCUCCACACACCCAUGUACUUUUUCCUCAAUUGCCUUUCAUUUGUGGAUGCCUGCUAUUCAUCAGUUAUUGCACCAAAAAUGCUCACCAACUUCUUAGUUGUGAGGGAAACCAUAUCCUUCUCCGCCUGCAUAGUGCAGCAUUUGUUUUUUGGGGUGUUCAUUACCACAGAAGGCUUCUUGCUGUCAGCAAUGGCAUAUGACCGUUACGUGGCCAUCGUUAAUCCUUUGCUUUACUCUACAGCCAUGUCUAAGAGCAAGUGCAUAGGGCUGGUCAUGGGGUCGUGCAUAGGUGGAAUGAUUAACUCAUUGACACACACAAUAAGCUUAGGGAGACUGUCGUUCUGUGGGCCCAAUGUUGUGAGCCACUUCUUCUGUGAUGUCCCCCCACUGCUAAAGCUGUCAUGUUCUGAUACCUCCCUGAAUGAAUUGUUGCUUUUAAUUUUCUCUGGAGUCAUCGCCAUGGGCACCUUCUUGAUCGUGAUCAUUUGGUACAUAUUCAUUGCUGUUGCUAUUCUGAGAAUCCGCUCAGCGUCAGGCAGACGGAAAGCCUUCUCCACCUGUGCCUCUCACCUGACUGCUGUGAUCGUCUUCUACGGCACCUUAAGCUUUAAUUACAUUCAGCCCAGCUCUCAAUACUCCGUGGAGCAGGAGAAGGUGGUUUCUGUGUUCUACACACUAGUAAUUCCCAUGUUAAACCCGCUGAUUUACAGUCUGAGAAACAAAGAGGUAAAAGAUGCUGUGAAAAGAGUCAUAGAAACAAAACGUUUCUCAUGUUAA